AAUUACCAACUUCUCGUCAACCACACACCCAUCGGCAGGAUUUAUACUCACAAUGGCGUCGCUGGAUCAUAUCGAAGCGCUCACAAAAGUGGUGUUAAACAAUCUGGAAUACCAACACGAUUGGACAAGGAUACACCAGCACACACAGGAUACUCUCCCGAGGUCACUCAUUUACGGGCUCCCCCCAAAGCGGCUUUAUGUGCACCCGGAUGAGCAGAUCGAUAUCAUCAAGGCCGAGAAGGAGCUAGGAGAGCGCAUCCCGCAAGAACCUGAGGUCGAAUGGGUCUUACCACUACACCUAUCUGAGAAGUGGUCCCCGGCUCAGUUCGCCGCCGUGUUUGACGCCAUCGAGGCUAUUCCACCGGGCGGCGCAGACCUGGAGCCGACGGAGGAGGAUGGCAGUGAGGAGGAAUGGAGGCUUUGGAGGGGCUCGAAGCGUGGGAAGCGGAUCUUGCUCGCGACCGUCCAGGACGACUCGACCGUCACCUACUACUGGAUUUUUGACGGCCUUGUGAAGCCGAGGCAGAACUGAGCUGUCUUGCACACCAUCCUUAAACACUAUCAAAAAGAUUUUCUGUUUGGGACUACGAGACUAUGGGCAGCCAAGGGCUCAUCUCCCCGCGCACUCAACGCGAAUUCUCUCGUCACGGCUUGAAGAUCACCUUUUGCACCUUCAUCUGGUCAAACAAGUCAUAUCCCUCAACCGCCUCCGAGAGCGGCAUGAUCUUGUCGAACAUGAAGCUACGACCAUUAGCACACAG